CUCCUUUGUACGGAAACCCUAAGUUCCUUGCCCUCUAGCCAUUUUGCAGGUUGAUUUCCUGAUUCACUCAACCACAGCUGAUCCAGAUGUCUGAAUUAACAGAGCAAUUCUCGGAGCUGUCAGCAUCUCCUCUGAUUCCGUCACUUCCAGACGACGUGACCCUAGACAUCGUAGCACGUGUACCGAGAAGCCAUUACCCAAUUCUCUCCCUCGUCUCCAAGAGUUUCCGUAAACUCAUAGCCUCCUCUAAACUCUACAAGAGACGAUAUCAGCUAGGCAUCACCCAACACCGUCUCUAUGCCGUCCUCUGCAACAGCAACACCGGUGAUUUCAGUUUCUACAUCCUCCACAAAAAACUCAACUGCAGUAACCGCUUGGUCCAUGUCCGGUCACUUCCUCCCAUGUCUUCCCGUGGAAGCUAUGUCCCUUUUGGUUCGAAAGUGUACGCGUUUAACGACCUCUCAGCGCUCAUCUUUGACUGUACAUCUCACACGGUUCAUCCCAUCUCCGACAUUCCUCAGCGCAUGUCCUACAAAGUAGUUAACGCCAUCGAAGAAGAGAAGAAGAUUUAUGUGAUUGGUGAUUCGUUUUGUCAUGUCAUUGAGGAAGGUGGUGGGUGGUGGAAAGGGUGGAGGAAGGCAGUUACCGUGUUUGACACGGAGACACAGUCAUGGGAGCCUAAGGUAGUAAAGGAAGACAUGGCUGUAGGUUUAGGUCCCUUUUGGUCUGACUCUGUGGUGAUGGAUGGUAAGGUUUACUUGAAAGGUUGCAACAGCAAGCGUGAUUCUUUUGUUUAUGGACCAGAGGAAAAGAAAUGGGAAUUGAUGGGUGAGGUGAUGAACUCUAAGGACUGGGAGGGUGCUUGUGUGGUUGAUGAUGUUCUCUACUAUCUUGAUUGUUCCGAGAAGGUGGUUUUGAGGGCUUUUGAUCCAAAGGAGAAGUGUGGUUGGAGAGUUGUCAACGGUUUGGAAGAGUCUUUGGUGGCUGAGACUGCUAAGUCAAAGUGGUGCGAUGCGGUGAGCUAUGGCGAGAAGAAGUUGGCUCUCUUCUUUCCUAAAAAACGUGACGACGGUAGGCAUGUCAUUUGCUGUGCAGAGAUCGGUUUGGAAAGAUGUCAUGGAGGAGAAAUUUGGGGUAAGAUGGAGUCGUGUGAUGUUGUCAUUGAGGAUGAGCAGUCUGAACUGGUGAAGUGUGUUACUGUUACCAUUUGAUGCAGCAGAGAAGAUCCCUCAGUAUUUAUCAUUAUCCUAAAACGCCAUCUCGUGUGGUUGUAAGUUUGUUAACAUCCUUUAUGUUAGACAAAAACUUGAGAGUGUGUUGUGUUUAUGUUGUUUAAAACUUUGUUACAUGUUUUGUUGAAUUUGCUAUGUUUUUAU